UGACCGCGAGAAAGGGGCGUGAACGAGCGCCAGAGCGGUCAUUCUCCGAUGUGCAAACCCAAAUAAACAAGAAUCACAAUUUCUCGGGACACUUUUGUUCACAUUUGGCAUUUCGUGACAAUUUUAACUUUUUUUUUUAAAUACUGGGAUUUGUGGAGCGGAGAAUGGCAGCUGAAGUGAAUGGCAGUUCUGCUCCAGUUAAGGAGGAAGACGAACCAAUGGACAUAACAGUAACACACACAGAGAACUACCAGACACUCAUAGACGCAGGCCUUCCACAGAAAGUGGCGGAGAGCCUGGAUAAGAUAUUUCAGACUGGACUGGUGGCUUACGCUGACCUGGAUGAGAGAGCCAUCGACGCCCUGAGGGAGUUCAAUGAGGAGGGAGCCCUGUCAGUGUUACAGCAGUUCAGGGAGAGUGACCUGUCACAUGUGCAGAACAAAAGUGCAUUUCUCUGUGGUGUGAUGAAGACAUACCGACAGCGAGAAAAGCAAGGAAGUAAAGUUCAAGAAUCCACAAAGGGUCCUGAUGAGACUAAGAUAAAGGCUCUUCUGGAAAGAACAGGUUACACUUUGGACGUCACCACAGGACAGAGGAAGUAUGGGGGUCCUCCACCUGACGAGGUGUACUCAGGGGCCCAGCCUGGAAUCGGAACAGAGGUAUUUGUUGGCAAGAUCCCCAGAGACUUGUAUGAGGAUGAGCUGGUGCCUCUGUUUGAGAAAGCCGGGCCCAUUUGGGACCUGCGUCUAAUGAUGGACCCCCUCCUUUCGGGUCAGAACAGAGGAUACGCCUUCAUCACCUUCUGCAAUAAAGAUGCUGCCCUAGAGGCCGUCAAGCUUUGUGAUAACUAUGAAAUCCGGUCGGGCAAAUACCUGGGUGUCUGCAUCUCUGUCGCAAACAAUCGGCUGUUUGUUGGGUCAAUUCCAAAGAACAAGACAAGAGAAAGCAUAUUGGAAGAUUUCAGCAAAGUCACAGAGGGCCUCGUGGAGGUGAUACUCUACCACCAGCCAGAUGAUAAGAAGAAGAACCGUGGCUUCUGCUUCUUAGAAUACGAGGACCACAAAACUGCAGCCCAGGCCCGUCGCCGCCUCAUGAGUGGCAAGGUGAAGGUGUGGGGGAACCCUGUUACUGUUGAGUGGGCAGAUCCAGUAGACGAACCGGACCCAGAGAUUAUGGCAAAGGUAAAGGUGCUGUUUGUGAGGAACCUGGCCACACCGGUCACAGAGGAGCUCCUAGAGAAAACAUUCUCCCAGUUUGGGAAGUUGGAGCGGGUCAAGAAGCUGAAAGACUAUGCCUUUGUUCACUUUGAGGACAGAGAUGCUGCCGUGAAGGCAAUGCAACAAAUGAAUGGCAAAGAAUUGGAAGGCGAGGAGAUAGAGAUUGUUCUGGCAAAGCCUCCGGACAGGAAGAGGAAAGAGCGGCAGGCCCAGAGACAGCCAACUAGGACCACAGGAUAUGAUGAUUACUACUAUUAUCCUGCUCCACGCAUGCCGCCUCCCAUGCGAGGCAGGGGCCGAGGUGGGAGAGGUGGCUAUGCCUACCCUCCAGACUACUACGGUUACGAGGACUACUAUGAUGAUUACUACGGGGGUGGUUACGACUACCAUGACUACCGAGGUGGCUACGACGACCCUUACUACGGGGGAUACGAUGACGUCUACGUGCCGAGAGGAAGGGGGGGCAGGGUGAGUCGAGGUGCCCCCCCUCCCCCUAGAGGCAGAGGAGCACCACCCCCUCGUGGCAGAGGUGGCUACGUCCAAAGGGGGGCUCCUAUGGGUGUACCGAGGGGAAGCCGUGGGAGCCGGGGAGGUCCGCCCCAGCAGAGGGGCCGCGGCAUCAGAGGGGCCAGGGGAAACCGCGGGGACAACUUGGGCGGGAAGAGGAAGGCUGACGGUUACAACCAACCGGACUCCAAGCGCCGGCAGACCAACAACCAGAACUGGGGCUCCCAACCCAUUGCCCAGCAACCCCUGCAACAAGGUGGCGACUACUCUGGUGAAGACGCGAGAACGGCAGCGGGUUGAGUGAGUGAGGAACACAUCUAUUCUCUGCUGUGUUCUUCCCCAAAGAAGGGGUGCGUGUCCGAGGUGGCCCCGACCCAGUCUUGUCACGAUGUGGACUUGCUAGGUGGGGCUCCCAGACAGAGGCAGCUGUAAGGACUACGGGGUAAGUUUAGGAUGUUUUCUUCCCAAACCAUUGUUCUCUUUCACUGUCUUUCUCUCCCUCUGAUUCAGGUCUCACCAAAUCCCUGUGGGGAUUAAGAUGUGGAAAGAAAACGUCAGUGUCUGGGUGAGUUUAGGUAGAGAGAAAAGUACUGUAUCCCUCAAUACACAGUUAGAGAAGUUAACUUUGGAGUUGGAAGAAAUGUUACUUGGAGAACGAAUACAGUAUACGAUACAGAAUACCAAAAAUAGUAAUUCUGUUCAUUUAGUUUACAGAAACUUACUCUAAACACUACUUUUAUCAAAUGUAAUGUGUCAUAAGGAUUAGCAAAAGUAGCUGCCUGUGGCAAUUACCUUUUAGAGGUGAAAACAAGAGCUCUGUCUCUAGUCUAAAGCACUACAGACCCCAUUAUAAAUGCUUUGGGGUCGAGCUUGAAGCUGUUAGAGCUUACUCCAAUUGCAUAUCAGCUCCCAGUGUUGGAGUUUUUUCUCUCUGGAAUUACAUUUAUUGCUCUAUGAUUCUCUGGAAUUCAAUUUGUUGCUCUAUGAUUCUCUGGAAUUCAAUUCGUUGCUCUAUGAUUCUCUGGAAUUCAAUUUGUUGCUCUAUGAUUCUCUGGAAUUCAAUUCGUUGCUCUAUGAUUCUCUGGAAUUCAAUUUGUUGCUCUAUGAUUCUCUGGAAUUCAAUUCGUUGCUCUAUGAUUCUCUGGAAUUCAAUUCGUUGCUCUAUGAUUCUCUGGAAUUCAAUUCGUUGCUCUAUGAUUCUCUGGAAUUCAAUUUGUUGCUCUAUGAUUCUCUGGAAUUCAAUUUGUUGCUCUAUGAUUCUCUGGAAUUCAAUUCGUUGCUCUAUGAUUCUCUGGAAUUCAAUUCGUUGCUCUAUGAUUCUCUGGAAUUCAAUUUGUUGCUCUAUGAAUCUCUGGAAUUCAAUUUGUUGCUCUAUGAUUCUCUGGAAUUCAAUUCGUUGCUCUAUGAAUCUCUGGAAUUCAAUAUAUAUACAGUAUAUGUCACUGGCCAAUACAUAGCAUCAACAAUCUAGGGUUUAUAUACAUCAUUGGUUACAACCCCCCUAAACCUGGGCAAGAUCCAGACUAAAAUAUGCAACAAAAAUCAUGUUUUGAUGAAGGCAAAUAGCGUAUUCAUUAGUCUACUACUUUGUUUCAUGUUUAACAGAAGCCUGCCCAUCAUACCAAGUUUAAGCUCACAAAUCAAACACAGAGGAUGUAAUAGUUAAAAAGGAAAGAAUUUGACCUUUCUAAUGCUGAACUGUAUGUCUCAAAUACCAAUAUUAAGUCAAUUACACCCUGUUAAAAGGGAGUAAACGGUGAAUAGUUGUAGGCCUAUUGAUGAGAAAGUCACACCUGUUUCGGUAGCACGAGUCGUGGCUCAACUCAAAUGGCAUUUGCAGUUCUUCAUUCAGCAAAUUAGGUAGGCUACCUUACAACUCAAGUAGGCUUAAGUGUUUUUCCGUUAAGACGAGAAGACAGGCUUAAACAUUUCAAUUAGUUGUCCGGUGUGCUACUGGCUCGAGAAUGCUAGCUAGCGAGUGUGUUUACAGUUGAAUUAAUUUGUCAUGAGAAAAAGGCUUGUGGAAAAAUGAACUCCCUUGCAUAGUUUUACCAUUUUUACCACGGCUAUACAUGCAUGGCACUUGUGCAUGAAGAUCAGAUUAUUAUGUUUGAGACAUUAUCAGCUUUAAUUACUUAAAUUUAAUUUCAAUUAUGACUUGCAUGGUUUGCAUGAAUCCAAUUGCAUUAAUUAAAGCUCUUUAAAUGUAGAUUAGGAAUGUAGGUCAGAACUGCUGGAAGCAGAUCCAGAACAGGAACAGAAGCUUUUAAAUCCAGUUUUAGACCACAUAGACUGGUACACAUUGUAUCCUGGAUAAUGCCAUGUUCAAUUAAUCUCAAAUCAAAGUUUUUUGGUUGCGUACACAGAUUUGCAGAUGUUAUCGCAGGUGCAGAGAAAUGCUUGUGUUUCUAUCUCCUACAGAGCAGUAAUACCUAGCAAUACAAAAACAACAACGAUACACGCAUAAAAAAGUAGCAGAAGGAGCAAUGUCAGAGAUCCUAAUAUAAAUACAGAUCUGGAAAAAAAUUAAGAGACCACUGCAAAAUGAUCCGUUUCUCUGGAAAAAACCAUCCUCAGAGUUGGGGAACAUUGUCAGAGCAGAAGGAAGCUAGAUUUCUUCCAGGACAACCUUGUACGUGGCUUGACUCAUGCGUCCUUCACAAAGACAAAUCUGUCCGAUUCCAGUCUUGCUGAAGCACCCACAGGUCAUCACCGAUCCUCCACCAAAUUUCACAGUGGGUGUGAGACACUGUGGCUUGUAGGCCUCUCCAGGUCUCGCACUCACUGUGAAAUUUGGUGGAG